AAUUGGAUCCUCACUUCCACUUGGUAUUUGCUCACUCCUCACUUUCAAAGCUCUUAGCUUUCAAGUUAAAGUUAACAAUGGAGAGAUCUGUUCUUCCUCUUCUUCAUCUUGUUCUCCUCCUCUUCCUUUGCUUUGAAGGGAUUGCAGCUUUUGCAACCCUGGUCCAGCCAGAGUGGGAAUUUAAGACCAGUCUAGCUACUACAACAAAGCGUAAGCACAAGCACUCAGGUCUCACACAGGCAGAGUGCCCAAGUGCAUGCCAAUACAGGUGUUCAAAGACAUCCUACAAGAAGCCAUGCAUGUACUACUGCCAGAAGUGUUGUUACAAGUGUAGAUGUGUUCCCCCUGGCACUAGUGGUAACAAACAAGUUUGCCCUUGUUAUAACAACUGGAAGACCAAGAGAGGAGGCCCUAAAUGUCCUUAGAAGAAGUCACAAGAGCAGAUCUUCUCUAUUAACAUCAAGCCUACCUUAUUAUAAAGACCAAAGUAUCUUCCUUUACAUUUAAGGAAGAAUGAGUUCUACUUUCUUUGUUGUUGACGUAAUUUGUUCAAUCUUCGUAAGAGAUUAAGAUUGGAUAAAUAUGUUUCCUUAUUUUUAUUUAUAGAAUGUGUAAUGUUAAGCUUGAAUGCUCAUCUGACCAUCCGAUUAGUAGA